CCUGGGUCGAGCACAUGAAAAGUAGAGUGGCAGCGCAAUAAAUCAAUGAAUAGACAAAAGACGAGAGUAUUGUCGUUUCUUCGUCUCUCUUCUCUCAAGUAGUGCUCCACGACUCCCCUUUUCUCCAAUUCAAUUUCUCCUCUCCUUUCCUACCCAUAAUCUUCUCUCUCUUUGGCCUUUCCUCCUUUGAUCAGUUGACUUUUCCUUAAAAUGGCGGAAUCGUCUUCCCUCCCCAAUCCCGACGUGUCUCGGAAGCGGCGUAAAAUCGACCCGGAUUCCCGAACCCGAAUCCCCUCGGAAACAGGUCCCACCCGGUGGCGGACCCAGGCGGAGCAACUCACCUAUUCGUCCAAGCUCGUCGACGCCCUCCGCAGCCCCAAUUCCGUCACCGGCCGCGCCGUCCGCGACGCCGCUGACCGAGUCCUCGCCGUCUCCGCCCGGGGCAAGACGCGGUGGAGCAGAGCCAUCCUCACCAACCGCCUCGCUCACAUCAAUAGGAACCACAAAAAGGCGCCUAAGCCCGCCGCCGGAAAAUCCCGCUCCACAAAAAGAGCGCCGGAGAAGAAACUGCCGCCGGUGCAGAAGAAAGUGAAGGUGUUGAGCCGGUUAGUCCCCGGCUGCCGGAAGGUCUCGCUGCCGAACCUUCUAGAAGAAACCACGGAUUAUAUUGCGGCUUUGGAAAUGCAAGUCAGAGCUAUGACUUUCCUCACAGCCCUACUUAAUGGCGGUGCCUCCUCCGACCACAACGUUAGUCCGUCUUAGUUGUUUCUUUAUUUAUUUUUGGGGUUAAAUUUUGUUAAUAAUUAAGGUUUGAUAUAUUCAUGUAUUUUUUUUAAAAUCUGUGUAAGUUGCCUGCCAUAUGCCAAUACCCAAUCUGUUUAUUUUUCUUUCUUGAUAGUAUUUGUAUUUGUAUUUGCUUUUGUAUUUGUUUGACUUCAAAUUAGAAUUAUUUAUUCA